CAUCUGGUGUACCAAAAUGCACUCACUCUCGGUGUGAUCGAGGCGUUAAACUCGAAGCUGCCACAGGAUGAGGAGAGGAGAGGGUGAGUUUAAUCCAUCAGAUUCCAACCUGACUGCCAUGAUGGAGGACAACAUUUAAUGAGAAUACUAUAAUGUAUCCAUAUAGUGCACUUUCGGCUUACUUGAAAAUUAGGAAUUUAUAUACGAGCUCGUCCGCGGGAUUGCCUAAUUGGAACAUUUCUGGAACUUUCUUUUGAAUAUUGCCUGGCUGAAAGCAAGCCUGUGCGAUGGACACACACGACCUCUGACAUCACGGAUUUACGCAGCGCUUGUUGACGAUCAGCGAGGCUGUGGGAGAUCCUUCCCAGUCUGUGGUUGGUGAAUCCGGUGUCCAAGAAGACCGCCUCUCUCCGCGUCUGUCCAGUGCGUAAAAGCGAGUAAGGCGUCUCAGAGAGGAGUUACCGGGAUGAAAACGAAAAACUGAUUUUUGCGAUUUUGCUGAAUUUUACAAGGGGAUUAUCCACGGUUCUGUUGCCUGCCUGCUUGCCUGCCAAUUUGGGUCACCUGCUUAGCUCCAAGGCGAUUUUAUUAGGCUCCACAUUCCUGCCCAGUGUUGAAUUAAUCUUUACCCUUCAUGUCGCAUUGGAAUAAUUUCAUCUAUCAUGGAUUUGAUUUUCUUUUACAAAGUCACCGUUGAGGCUCGGUUAGACAUCCUAUAGAUUCGGACACUGUAAGCUACCAUCGAACUCACCCAUAUAGCGCAACAUCAGGAGGGGAACAUGGCCAAAAAUGCCCCGGGCGGACCGUUGCGGGAUGACUUGAGCAAGCUCUCCGGCGAGGAGCUCUCUAGGCUCGGCAAAGACGAGCUGAUCAGGAGGCUACGGAAAACGGAUAACGAGAAAAUGUACUUAAUGGUGGAGCACGGGAACAUGAUGAAAGAUGUGAACCGGAGACUACAGGUCCAUCUCCACGAGAUCCGCAGCCUCAAAGAGAUCAACCAGAAGCUUCAGGAUGAUAACCACGAGCUCCGGGAGCUCUGCUGUUUCCUGGACGACGACCGGCAGAAGGGCAAGAAGCUGUCCCGGGAGUGGCAACGCUUCGGCCGCUACACCGCCGGAUCGAUGUGGAAGGAUUUCGGGGUGUACCAUCAGAAGCUGAAGGAUCUGGAAGCCAACCAGGACUCUGUGAUGCGGGAGAACCUGGAACUGAAAGAGAUCAUUCUGAUGCUGGAUGAGGAGAGGAACGGAGCCGGGUCACGGAGCUCUAUAGAUUCCCAGUCCAGCCUGACCAACCUGAACGGGGGCACGGGAACCGUUAGGGACGUCGGGGACGGGAGCAGUACGUCCAGCACCGGCAGCGCCGGUAGUCCUGACCACCACAACAACCACAUACACAAGCCAAACGAGGGGAAAAUAGCAUCCCUGCGGAGGUCUAUGGACGACCUAUCGCUGGCGUCACACAUCCACCUGCGCAUCCCUAAUGGACUGAAUGAUCCAUCUUCAAACUACACGAGACAACUGGAGACCAAGGUCAGCAUCCUGGAGGAUGACAACAAGCAGCUGCUAUCACAGCAGGCAAACAGUGGUGAUCUGAACAGUCUGAGGAAGGGUCUGUCUCUCUACCACUCUGAGUCUCAGCUCUCCUCUCUCACACAGUACCAGCAGGACGCCGUGCAGAAUGGCUCCGGUAGGACCCCUAGUGGUGAGCCAUCCCCCCCAGCAGACUACCUCCCUGUGGGCCAGAAGCCCGAGGCUGUGGUCCAUGCCAUGAAGGUGUUCGAGGUCCAUGAGAAUCUAGAGAAGAAGAUCCCAGAAGACUACGACAAGGACCUCAGUGAAAAGGAGAAGGCCAUCGUCAGGGAGAUGUGUAACGUGGUGUGGCGUAAACUGGGUGACGCUGCGGGCUCCAAGCCUUCAAUCCGCCAGCAUCUCUCUGGGAACCAGUUCAAAGGGCCUUUGUAGUCCCUAGGACGACAUUAACCAGCACUCAAACGAGACAAACGGACAGACAGAUAAAUAAACAACAACAACAACAAUGGAUCCUCAGCACUGACUGGACAAAGGGGCACAUCUCAAUCGACCCUCUCCUACUUUCUCAGCACUGUGACCGUGGCUAGAUGAUCCAGACAAACCCUAGCCUAAACCCAGCCCACUGCCUCUGCAUCUGUGAUAUCCAUCUUUAGCCUCCCUUAACCUCAUGCCCUGGUGGAUAUUGGAAUGGUGAGCUGACCUGGGUAGUGGCUACAGACAAUUUCAGAUUAGGGCAAAACAGACCGUGGCGACGAACGGUUCGAAACAGCGGGUGGCCGUCCUAUCGCCUCCACAGCAAACAGAACAUCUGCCUUCAUUUUCUGUUCAAUGCCUGACUAUUUGUCAUGUUGAAUCGCCACCGUCAGUUGACAGUUAUGGUGUGUUUUUAAAGAAGAGGAAGAUGAGUGGAGGAUAGGGGCAUGAGGCAUGCAUUACCAACUAAACUGCCCCUUACAACCUCACAACCAGUCACUACAGUACUGAGUUACUAUACCUGUGACCUGUUCUACAGUACUACACCUGACAGUCCGAACCAGUCACUACAGUACUGAGCUACUAUACCUGUGACCUGUUCUACAGUACUACACCUGACAGUCCGAACCAGUCACUACAGUACUGAGUUACUAUACCUGUGACCUGUUCUACAGUACUACACCUGACAGUCCCAACCAGUCACUACAGUACUGAGUUACUAUACCUGUGACCUGUUCUACAGUACUACACCUGACAGUCCCAACCAGUCACUACAGUACUGAGCUAGAGUACUACACCAUCUCCACCCAACGUCUCUUUUUGUGUUUGUAAAUGUUCACCUACCAAGUGUUCAAGACGGACAACCACUCUAGGACGGACUAUUCUACUACAGGCCCUGUUCUGUUCUUGACUUUGCUUCCAUGACAUCUCCACAGGCAACUGACUGACAACUGCUGACAACCUACUUUUAAUAUGAGGAGAAAUCCUGGAAAUGUUCUGAUGUAAUAUCCUUCGGUGUAUAGUCACGAGCCAUAGGUUUAUAUGACUUGAAACCUAGCUGCUUUAGCCUACUGUUUAAUAGUGUAGUCCCCUUUUGCCUGAGCAAGAAGUACGUGUUCAAGUGUAGACAGAAUUUAUUUCAAAGUGUUCAAAAUAAAUUCCAGCACCAAGUAAGUUAUGUGUAACAAAACAUAGCCCUGUUUAAAAAAAGUUAUAAUUUAAGACUGUGUUAGUUUGCGCCUCAAAUGGCACCCUAUUCCCUAUACCAACACUAUAUAGGCAUUAGGGUGCCAUUUCAGAUGCACACAUUGUAACUGAGUGCAGAAAGUGGAAGACUGAGUUCAGUUUCAUACCCUGUGUUUCAAAAGUUCCCUCCCAGGCAGAAAGCUUAUAGCCUGGGUGGGUCUGUUUAUGCUCUCCUGCCAACUCCUUCUAGAAUUGUCAUGCCAAAAAUGUUCCAUUUUAGUCAUGCAGCAGACACUCUUAUCCAGAGCAACUUACAUUAGUGAGUUGAUACAUGUUCUCAUACCGGUCCCCUGUGGGAAUCAAACUCACAACCUUAUUGUUGCAAGCGCCCUGCUCUACCAACUGAGCCAUACAGGACUUGACAAUGGCUGCAAUGGAUUUGGCAAAAGAACAAACAGUUCUCGGACCAGGCUUGAAAGCUUAGCCUGUCAGACUGAAACCUUAAGUCCAGGAAGAGUUUUGGUUCACGCAUAAUAUAGUGUCGCUUCUGAUGAUUGAUCGUGGAUUAGAAAGUCAGGAUCUUGUUAGACGGAGGUGGACUUUGAAUUCACAGUCUGAAUUACUAAUGUAUGACAAUCGUUGAAACGGGUGGAAAACAACCGUUAUUUUGACCAGUCCUAAGUAUUCCUCUAUGAGCUCUUAUAGGAAGCAUACCUUAUGAAGUCUCGUUGGAGACUAUGUAUACUAUACGCGGUCUCUUAGCUGGGUCCGAUGUAUACUGUAUAAGGUGUCUUAGCUGGCUCCUGUACAUUAUGUUGUGUUAGGCCCGAUGUGUGCUCUAUGAAGUCUCAGAGAUGAUCACUGUGCACAAUGAAGUCUCCUAGAGUCCCUUUGUCUGCUCUAUAAAGUCUCAUAGCUGUCAUGUCUAUAGUAGGACUUCAGUGUACAAUCCACUGAUACGCGCCGAUUAUGUUGACAUCAAUUAAGGCAGCCCCCCGCACCUCUCUGAUUCAGUGGGGUUGGGUUAAACGCGGAAGACACAUUUCAGUCAAAUGCAUUCAGUUGUACAACUGACAAGAUAUCCCCCCUUUCCCUUUCCCCUUCCCCUUUCCCCCACUGCGUAGCUAAAUUAAGCUUCAUAGCUGUGUUCUGUACUCUGUGGCACCUCCUAGCUGAUUGCUGUGUAUUUGAGUCAUCUCAGUAUUGUAUGGUGCGGGCUAAUAGAUAAGCUACAUAACAUUGCCAUGAGGCUGACAUAACAGAUGACAUAACAGAUGUCAUUAAGGGUUAUAGCAACAUCACAGACAGAUGUCAUUAGGAGUAAUAACAUACACUACAUGAGCUCGUCGAACAUCUCAUUCCACAAUCAUGGUCUUUAAUAUGGAAUUGGUCCCCCCUUUGCUUCGAUAACAGCCUCCACUCUUCUGGUAAGGCUUUCCUCUAGAUAUUGGAACAUUGCUGCAGGGACUUGCUUCCAUUCAGCCACAAGAGCAUUAGUGAGGUUGGGUACUGAUGUUGGGCGAUUGGGCCUGGCUCGUAGUCGGCGUUCCAAUUCAUCCCAAAGAUGUUCGAUGGGGUUGAUGGCAGGGCUCUGUGCAUGCUAGUCAAGUUCUUCCACACCGAUCUCGACAAACCAUUUCUGUAUGGACUUUUCUUUGUGCACGGGGGCAGUGCCAUUGCUGUAACAGGAAAGGGCCUUCCCCAAACUAUUGCCACAAAGUUGCAAGCACAUAUUCAGAUUCGUCUGUCGGACUGCCAUAUGGUGAAGCAUGAUUUAUCACUCCAGAGAACGCGCUUCCACUGCUCCAGAGUCCAAUGGUGGCGAGCUUUAAACCACUCCAGCUGAUGCUUGGCAUUGCCCAUGCUGAUCUUAGGCUUGUGUGCGGCUGCUCGGCCAUGGAAACCUAUUUCAUGAAGUUCCCGACGAACAGUUCUUGUGCUGAAGUUGCUUCCAGAGGGAGUUUGGAGUGUUGUUUCGCGCUACGCGCUUCAGCACUCGGCGGUCCCGUUCUGUGAGCUUGUGUGGCCUACCACUUCGCGACUGAGCUGUUGUUGCUUCUAGAAAUUUCCACUUCACAAUAACAGCACUUACAGUUGACCGGGGCAGCUCUAGCAAUUUGAUGAACUGACUUGUUGGAAAGUUGGCAUCCUAUGAUGGUGCCAUGUUGCAAGUCACUGAGCUCUUCAGUAAGGCCAUUCUACUACUAAUGUUUGUCUAUGGAGAUCACAUGGCUGUGUGCGCAGUUGUAUACACCUGUCAUCAACCGGUGUGGCUGAAAUAGACAAAUCCACUAAUUUGAAGGGGUGUCCACAUACAUUUGUGUAUAUAUAGUGUAUGACUAUGUAUAUGAUAUCUUACCUAUAGGGGUUCAGGAGUUGUAUGUAAAACGAAUGAAGUCUGAUAGCUGUGCUGAGUUGUAUGCAUUUGUAAGACCAGUGAAUAAUGUAUAUGAGUACUCAUAAGAGUCUUAUAUACUAUAUGAGUUCUGUUGGCUGAGGUCUGAAUAGGCAGUUAUAAGCUGUUAAAAGACAGUUGAUGCAUUCUCUCGGAUAUGUGUUCUAAAAUCCGAACUAAAGGUUUGCUGUCAGAUUGGUAAAGUAAUCUGAAUUGAGUUUGACACAUUGUCAAUCUAUAUAGGGGCAUAAUAAAUGUAUACCCUUUUUUUGGGGUUAUACAGAAGGGUGUGUAGAAAUGUACGUUUACACAUCCCCAUGAAUUCUGGGUAAAAAGCAUUCUAAUUGGAGAGAAUAUACUGUAUUGAAAGCAGAAGAUAGGCUGGCUUUGCCCAAAAUGUCACCGUAUUCCCUAUUUAGUGCUCUACAUUUGACCAGAGCCCUAUUUACCUUGGUCAAAAGUAGUGCACUUAAUAGGGAAUAGGUUACCAUUUGGGAUGUAUCCGCUGUGUUUCAGUGUUGUUGAGGAGUCUGGAUGCAGCAGGUGACUUUGAACAGUGACGGACUGACUGCGUGUUUGAGCGGACUCGUAACGUACAGUAUAAGUGCUGUGUGAACAAAAUGAGCAGGAAUCAACAAGGAAAAGCUUCAUAUAUAAUAUAUGAGGUAUAUUCCUGAUAUAUGAAGAUAAUUCUGUUUGAAUCGAGGACCGCGACAAAAGCAUAUACUGUUCUGUACAGUGUCGUCUUUAAUAGUCAGGCAUUGAUGACUAAGGAGUUUCCUAACGGAAAACUGUAUGAAUAAGUGUCCAUACACAUUCAAAGUCUUCACAAAUUCAACUUUUGCAAAAGUGACCUUGUUCUUAAACAGAUAAGUCUACACGCAACGGACUGACUUUUGUAUUUGUUCAUUUGAAAGCACAAAGUUCUGAUUAGAAGUUUGACUAUUUUCCUAUUGUUACAUUCAGACACACCGCUUCUUUAUCUCUCUAUGCUGAACCGGUGAUAAUUCUAUGUUCUUUUUUCAGACUCUUUUCCUGUGCUACAUAGUUUAAGGUAUCCUAGGAUAUACAGUGCUAUGUACAUACAUACUGUAGCAUACAAUGAACUAGCAUGCCUUUUUAUUUUUUCCCACAAGCUGUAUGUAGCUGAAAUUGGACUGUUAUUUUAGCAAAUUUAAAACGUGAGAACUGAAGUAAGCCUCUUUUUAAUUUUUAAAUAAAAUUGAAGUAUACUUUCUUUUUAA